AUGACCGUUCCGAGCAUGGAUAGCUUCGAUUUCGUGGUUGUCGGUGGAAACGUGGUGGCCGGGCGACUGGCCGAGAACCCCGAGGUCACAGUCCUGGUGAUUGAGGCAGGUAUCGCCAACCCUCAAGAUAUCGAGAAAAUCACCACCCCGGCGACGGCCUUUGACCUGCGCGGCAGUAAGCAUGACUGGGGCUACAAAACCACCAUGAUCCGCCGGCCCGACUACGAGCGCGCUGAGAAGCCCAACACUCGCGGCAAGGUCCUCGGCGGCAGCAGCUGCCUGAACUACUACACCUGGAUUCCGGGGAGCAAGGGAACCUUUGAUGCAUGGGCCGAGUAUGGCGGUGGCUCGUGGACGUGGGAUGGCUGCAAGGAGUACUUCAGCAAGCCCGCAACCUACCACGACGACGACAACCUCUACCCCAGCGACCUGGCCCGGAUCGGUCGCGACGGACCCGUGCACGUCUCGCACGCCGACCUCAUCCCGGAGCUGCGGCCCUUCCGCGACGCCUUGACGGCCGCGUGGACCAGCGCCGGCCACCCGGUCAGCGAGGACAUCUACUCGGGCAAGAUGGAGGGACUGACGCACUGCGUCAACAGCAUCUACAAGGGCGAGCGCUCGUCCAGCGGCGCGUACCUGACGGGCAAGGACAACGUGGUGAUACUGCCGCGGUCCAUCGCCAAGAAGAUCAACUUCGACGGCGACGGCGCCACCCGGACCGCGGUGAGCGUCACCGUGCUGGGGCCGGACGGGUCGGAGCUCAUUGUUGAGGCUAAGCGCGAGGUCAUCGUCGCCGCCGGCGUCUUCGAGACCCCCAAGCUCCUGCUGCUGUCGGGGAUCGGGCCCGCGGCGGAGCUCGCACGCCAUGGCAUUGAGCCUGUGGUUCCCUCGGAGCACGUCGGCCAGAACCUCCUCGACCACCCGAUCAUGCCGCAUGUGUUCCGGCUGAAGGAGGGGAGGGGGCUGGAUAGUCAUCUGCUCCGCGCGGGGCCCGCGCAUACUGCGGCGGUGCAGAAGUACCGCGAGAGCAGGCAGGGCCCGUACAGUAGCGGGCUGCUCGAGCUGGUGGGCCUGCCGCGGAUCGACGACCGGCUGGAGAGAUACAAGGAGUAUCGCGAGGCGAAGGCGCAGAACGGCGGCAAGGAUCCCUUUGGGCCGGAGGGCCAGCCGCAUUUUGAGAUUGACUUUGUGCCCAUGUUCUCCGACGCCUUCCAGUGGCAUUUCCCCGUGCCCACCGAGGGCGACUGGCUGACGGUCAUCGUGGACCUUCUCCGUCCGAUGUCCCGCAACGGCGAGGUGAAGCUGAACUCCCCCGACCCGCGCGACCCGCCCAACAUCAACCUGAACUUCUUCUCGAAUGACCUCGACAUCAUCGCCCUCAGUGAAGGCGUCCGCUUCGUGGACGAGAUCCUCAUGCAGGGCGAGGGCAUGAAGGAGAUGAUUGGCGAGGACUAUCCCUGGCCCAUGCCGCGGCACUCGGACGAGGCGAUGAAGAAGAUGAUUCUCGAUCAUUCGCAGACGGGAUACCACCCCUGCGGCACAGCCCGACUGUCCCAGUCCAUCGAGCAGGGAGUGGUGGACCCGGAAUUGCGCGUGCACGGCACGAAACGCCUCCGGGUGAUCGAUGCGUCGAUUAUCCCGGUGAUCCCUGAUUGCCGGAUCCAGAAUUCGGUGUAUAUGAUCGGAGAGAAGGGUGCGGAUCUGAUCAAGGCGGCCUACCCUGACUUGUACAAAUGA